UUCUUCUUCUAAAUCUAUCAAUUUUUGAUCGAUGAUGAAACGGCUUCUUGUGAAACGUAAGCAUGUAAAGUCCGGUAUGUAUUAUUUAACCCAUCUUUCUCCGCGAGAUUUAUCCGAAAUCUCUGAAGAAAGUUUCGACCUUCCUUUUUUGGAUCCAAACCAACACACUUAUUCCAACACCUGCGGCGGUUUGUUGUGUUUCUUCUAUCGAACUGGCCAUAGUUAUCUCUGCAACCCAACAACCAAACAGUUUCAGAUCUUUCCUCCCAAGGAAGCCUCUCCAUCCCCAAAUUAUGAGAUCUAUUAUCAUGGUGGUUGUGUCGGCUAUGAUUCUAAAUCUGAUGAUUACAAACUACUAAGAAUUUUGGAUCGUGAUUACUGGCUGUCAAGGUCUAGUCACAUGACCCGAAUUUUUGAACUGUAUUCUUUAAGAAGUGAUUCUUGGAAGGAGAUUCCGAGUCCUGCUUUUAUGUGCAAUUCUUAUAUUAAGAGAAUUAUAUAUGUUAGAGGUAAGUGUUAUUGGUUUUCUAUAUCCGACUCCAGAGUUAUAUCGUUCGACUAUAGUGAGGAAAGCUUCUCUUACUUGCCUUUACCACGAAAGGCUCAUAUCGAUGGUUUUAGCCUCGUCAAGUUUGAAGAUGAAGAUUUGUUAGGUAUUGUUUUCUCUAGGCGACGAGGAGCUAGUUAUAACGUCCAUAUAGGUAUGCCUUUGCCUUUGGGGAGUGAACCUGGUUACUAUUUUGAGGCUUGGGUUUGGAGAGAAGGGUUGCAUUGCUGGGAUGCAGUGUUUAAUGUCUCUCUUGGUGGUGCUGUGGAUGGAGCAGAGACGAUAUACGGGCCGUUCUUGUUUCUUCGUGGAAUGGCUGGCGAUGGCGACACACGGGAUGGUGUCCUAGAUCAUCUGGGAGUUUAUGAUUGGACUAAGAAAGAGUGCAAGGAACUUGGUAUUUAUAGUUAUAACAAUGCAAUCGAAGUUUUCUGUUACGUUGAGAGCAGCGUUGCGCUGCCCCGUGGAAAGCCAAUCAAUGGAUCCCCUGUUCUUCCUACUUAUGAGAGUGAGUGGCAAGGCAUGUACGGUUCUCCUCAUGACUCUCGUGAGUAUGACUGCUUGCAUGAAGCCUACGAUGCAGAUCUCGAUGAUUUUGCUGCUAAUGGAUUCCGCGUCCUUGAUGAUAUAGAGUUGGAGGAGGAGGAGCAGGAGAGGAGAUACCAUGCCGUUCUUGAUUUAAAGACGGAGCCGGAGGAGGAGGAGGACGAGGACGAGGUUACGGAUAUUACAUAUUAUUCUUUCGAUCAUGCAUCAGAAUGUGGAUGUUGUUCUGAGUUAAACAACUAUUACCGUGCUGCAAAGUAUUUCGUAAUCAAGUCAGAUAGUGAGGAUGAUGUGCGUAAGAGUAUUAGGUGUAACGCGUGGUCAUGCACUCCCUAUGCAAACAAGAAGCUUAAUGCUGCAUAUGAGGAUGCCCAGAGAGUUGCUGAUGGCUGCCCCAUCUUCCUCUUCUUUUUUGUGAGUAACCAUUUUCACACAUUAUAA